AUGUUCUCCCUGUUUUUUUUCUUCCUUUUCCUGCAUCUGCCAUUUUCUGUGAGCAAGAAGCAAGGGACUCCAUGCCAUUUAGAAAAUACUUUCAGUCCCACAUACUUUAGAGAUGGGGAUCUUGUUGUUGGAGGAUUUUUUCCUUUACUCACAGAUAAAAUAAGCACUUUUAAAUAUUGGAAAAUGUUUUGGUUUCGCCUUCAAUACAAUAGUAAAAACUAUCAGUGGCUGCUCAAACAUGAUUAUCAAGUACUGGCCUUUAUGUUUGCUGUAGAAGAGAUCAACAGGAACCCCAAUCUGUUACCCAAUAUUUCUCUGGGAUUCCACAUCUACAAUGUCUAUCACAGUAAUCAAAGGACCUUGGAGAGUUCCCUCAUGUGGCUGUCAGGCCAGGGACAGACCAUUCCAAAUUACAGCUGUGAGAAGCGGGACAAGUCUGUAGUGGUCAUUGGAGGAGCCACUUCUGAACUGAUCUUUUUCACAGCAACCCUACUGGGGCUCUAUAAUUUCCCACAGAUCAGCUAUGGUCACUUUGAUCCACUCCUCAGUGAUCCACUUCAGUUUCCUUCUGUUUAUCAGAUGGCCCCCAGUGACACCUCUCUUCCCCUUGCCAUGGUCAGAUUAAUGCUGCAUUUCAAAUGGACCUGGGUGGGUCUUGUUGUCUCAGAUGAUUCAAGAGGUGAGAAAUUCUUCAGGGACCUUCAAAAAGAAAUGGCCAGAAAUGAUAUUUGUGUGAAUUUUUUUAAAAAGAUCAUCCCUGGUCAGUCAUUCACAAAGAAAAUAUAUCGUGUUUUUGUACAGGACAUAUUCAUUUCUGCAGCAAAGGUGAUUGUCCUUUAUGGAGAUACAAAUUCACUUCUGAGCAUGAUGUUUAUGAAGAAUCCUCAUGUCAUAGUAACAAGAGUGUGGAUCACUAGCAGUCACUGGGAUCUUGCCAAAAAGCCCAGUUACAUCUAUUUUAAUAAUUUCUAUGGGGCUCUGAUAUUUUCAGAUCAGACAAGUAAGAUUCCUGGGUUCAAACAUUAUCUGAAAACCAUUAACCCUGCUAGAUACCCAGAAAAUAUUUUCCUUAAGAACUUUUGGAACUCUGCUUUUGGAUGUACAUCUCACCAUGGAGCACUUCAUGAAACAGUCUGUUCUCCGAAUGCCUCUUUAGACACACUAAGUUUGAGCUAUUUAGACAUGACUAUGUCUGAGCAGAGUUACACUGUCUACACUGCUGUAUAUGCUGUGGCCUGGGCCCUUCAUGAAAUGUUCUUGGUGAAAUCAGAAAUGGAAUCCAACAUAGAUGGAGACAAGAGGAUUGUUCACCCCUGGAAGCUCCAUUCCUUUCUGAAGAAAGUCCACUUUAACAAUAGUGCUGGGGACCAGGUGGUCUUGGAUACAAAGAGGAAGUCUGUGGCAAACUAUGAUAUUCUCAACUAUGUGACCUUUGGUAACGAUACCGAAGUCCUGGUGAAAGUGGGAGAGUUUAUUGCUCAGAAUCCACUGGGCCAAGAUUUCACCAUCCAAGAGAAGGCCAUAGUGUGGCACACAGGGAAAGGAAAGCCUCCUCAAUCCAGAUGUAGUACAGUCUGUGGUCCUGGAUUCCAGAAGAAAGCUCAGGAGGGAAAGCCUUUGUGCUGUUUUGACUGUGUCCCCUGCCUAGAGGGACUCAUUUCCAGCCAUUCAGACACAGACCAGUGUGUGCAAUGCCCUGAAGAUCAAUAUCCCAAUCAGGAGAGGAAUCAGUGCCUCCCCAAAAUGGUGACCUUCCUGGCCUAUGAAGAGCCCUUGGGGAUGGCUUUGGCUUCUAUAGCUGUUUGCUUGUCUUUCCUCACAGCUCUGGUUCUCUGGGUCUUUGUGAAGUACAAAAACACCCCCAUAGUCAGAGCCAAUAACCGGGAUCUCAGCUACAUCCUCCUCAUCUCCCUUUUCUUCUGCUUCCUCUGCUCUCUGCUCUUCAUCGGUUGCCCAAGUGCUGCCAAUUGCCUUUUCCGACAAACAACCUUUGGAGUCAUGUUCACAGCGGCUGUCUCUUCUGUCUUGGCCAAAACAAUCACUGUGGUUCUGGCCUUCAGAGCCACCAGACCAGGCAGCAGGAGCAGGAAAUGGGUGGGAAGCAGAGCCCCCAUUUCUGUUGUUCUCUUCUGCACCCUGAUACAAGUCAUGCUCUGUACAAUCUGGCUGCUGCUCUCUCACCCAUUCCCAGAAGCAGACACACACUCUGACCAUGAGCACAUCAUCCUGGGGUGCAAUGAGGGCUCCCUCAUUGGCUUUUAUUUUGUCCUUGGUUAUAUGGGAAUCUUGGCCCUGGCGAGCUUCACUAUGGCUUUUCUAGCCAGAAAUCUCCCUGACACAUUCAAUGAAGCCAAGUUCAUCACCUUCAGCAUGCUGGUGUUCUGCAGUGUCUGGGUCUCCUUCCUCCCCACCUACCAGAGCACCAAGGGGAAGAUGAUGGCGGCCGUGGAGAUCUUCUCCAUCUUAAGCUCCAGUACUGGCUUGCUGGCCUGCAUCUUUAUCCCCAAAUGCUAUGUGAUCCUUCUGCAGCCUCACAAGAACACCAGGAAAACUUUAAAGAAUAAUGUCAAAUCUUGA